GAGCACGUGAGUAAUCCCUGGCUCACGUGACGUAUACUUUUAGUCAUGGCUGACGAGUACAGGCGACAAGGUUUCGAGUUGGAGAGAAGGAUAUUUGAGUUGGACAUCAAGUGUUCUAGCCUCAGAGCCGAAAAGCCAGAUGAUGACUAUUUACAGAAUGCGUCUACCAUACUAGACAAGUUGAAAAGCUAUUACAGGCAAGGAGGGGAGAGUAGCAACCUCUCCAAGGUGCUCCAGGAUUACACACAGGUAAUCCUUGACAUCACAUUUUAUGAAGAGAAUAAAUUGGUGGACCAAGAGUUCCCUGAGGACUGCUCACCAUUUAAAAUCCAGCAGCUGCUGCAAGACCUGACCGAGCCAGAAGUUUUGGCGGGGAGGCUAGCACCAGCACAAGAAGUGCAGUCUGUUUUGGGCCUUGAGCUGUUAGAAUGCCUUUACUGGAGACGUGGAGCUCUGCUGUACAUGUAUUGCCACACCCUUCAUCAGCGAAAACAGUGGAUCAAGAAAAACAAGGACACAUUCCUUAAGUGUAUUCAGGAAGGGGUGCGAUACCUAAUGCGAAUGCUGCAGGUGAGAAACUCUGUGAAACUCAGCGAUGGGGUGGUGCUCCAUGACACUGCUACAGCAAGCUUCCUAUCUGAAGGCAUCUUCUCAGACACGCACCUGUUGACGAUGAUGUACAUCGGUGAAAUGUGUUUCUGGGCAGUCAAGUACGAGGACUGCAGUGCUGACACAAUGGAUCGAAAAGAAGAUCGCCUCCAGUUUCGGGACAUUGGCACACAGAUCCUCAACAAAUACGUGCUUGCUUGUGAGGGGCCUCUGCAGGGCCAGGGCUGGAACACAGAGAAUGCCAAGGAAAUCCUUAGUAUUUUACAGUGAACCAAGCUACUCCUGUGUUGAAGUUGCCAUCAGGCACAGAUCUAAGUUCAGUAUUCAAGUGUGUGUCAACCCCAAAUCAAAAUGGAGCCCAUCAGGUGGGGUGUAAUGUCAUGGAAGGUUAAGAGGGAGGCAUGGGAAGAAAGUGUAGGUGAAGAAAAGAGUCUUUGGAUUAGUGUCUACAGGCAACCUCAUCCCAUGCCAAACAGUACAGGCCAAAGCAGGUGAAUGAGAGCUUAGAAAGUAUAAGAUAGGUGGUGUAAAGCUGACAGUGGCUGCAGAGGAUGCUAUUGAAUUUUUUUUAUUUUUAUUUUUUUAUUUUUUUUUGCCCGGUCCUGCUGAAAAAGCAGUUAUCAUCCUGAUUUCAGACUGUUAACAGGGGCACUUAUUUUGCUCUGAGAAUGUGUUAAAAGAACAUUAAUAUGAAUAUAAAAAGGUUAUUAAUAAAACUGAUUUUUUUUUUUUUUUUUUUUUUUUUUUAAAAAAGGUCGCCACAAGUUUGAAGAUAAUCCAGCUGGAUAUGAGAUGUUGCACAUUUACUUUUUAUUUAUUGUUUUGUUGCCAUUUUAUGCAUUUAAUAUAAUUGCAUAUACAUCACAUAUGUGUGUAUAAACAUGUACACACUAAAGGCAGAGAAAGGUGUUUGAAAAGUUUGACAAUGCUGUAUCCAUGACCAUUUUACGUAUGUUCAGAUUUGUUCCUGCCGGCUUUGUAAUGCGCCACUUCCCAUUUAUUGCAAGUACCACUCUUCUGCCACCUAAAUCAUCUUGAUAGUAUAACUAUAAAUAGAGAAUCUGUGUUGUAUGGACGGAAGUCAUUUCCUUUUUUAUGUCUUCGUUGACAAUAAACAUUGUUUUAAGAAAA